UCCCAGAGGAUGGCCAUGAGAAAUAACUCCCCAGUGACUGAAUUUAUACUUUCAGGGCUAACUGAUUGGCCAGAAAUCCAGUUGCCCCUCUUUUUCCUGUUCCUUGGCAUUUAUGUGAUCACUGUGGUGGGGAACCUGGGCAUGAUCAUAUUGAUUGUGCUUAGUUCCCAUCUUCACACCCCCAUGUACUAUUUUCUCAGUAACUUGUCCUUCAUUGACCUCUGUCACUCCACUAUAAUCACACCCAAAAUGCUGGUGAAAUUUGUGUCAGAAUAUAAUAUUAUCUCUUAUCCAGAGUGCAUUACCCAGUUCUACUUCUUCCUUAUAUUUGCUAUAGCAGAGUGCCACAUGUUGGCCGUGAUGGCAUAUGAUCGUUAUGUUGCUGUCUGUAACCCUCUUCUUUACACUGUCACCAUGUCCCAUCAGGUUUGCUUAUGGCUCGUGGGUGGGGUGUACCUGCUGGGCUUAGUUGGUGCCACAGCUCACACUGGCUGCAUUCUUAGAGUGUUCUUCUGCAAGAACCACAUCAGUCAUUACUUCUGUGAAAUCCUUUCCCUUUUCAAGAUUUCUUGUUCUAGCACUUACAUCAAUGAAGUGGUACUCUUGAACUUUGGUGCAAUUAAUAUUCUCAUCCCCAGCAUUAUCAUUGUCAGCUCCUACAUCUGCAUCAUCAACAGCAUCCUUCACAUCCAGUCCCUUGAAGGAAGAUCCAAAGCUUUCAGUACCUGCAGCUCUCACAUGGCAGCAGUUGCCCUCUUCUAUGGCUCUUCGGCUUUGCAGCCCUCUUCAGAAAAUUCCACAGACCAGGAAAAAGUGUCUUUGGUUUUUUAUACUAUCUUCAUGCCCAUGCUGAAUCCCCUGAUCUAUAGUCUGAGAAACAAGGAUGUAAAAGUUGCCAUGAGGAAAAUUAUGGAAAAAAGAAAUCUUGUAUAA